AUGAAACAAAAUUUUAACAAAUUCACUACAAUUUUUUUCGCUUUAUUCAAUUUAUUUCAUUGGCUGUCAAUAAUUGGCGCACAAGAAGAAUGGCGUGUUCCGGAUAUGCCGGAAAAUGUUCAUUGGAAAACAGAUGAUCAUAGUAUAACAAUAUGGUGGGAUCCACCAUCAACAGCAGAUGAAAUUUUGGUUCGUGGUUAUACCAUAUCAUACGGAAUUGAAACACCAAGUCGACGUAUUAUCAUCGAAGGAGCUAAUAUUAAUACAUUCACAAUUAAUGAACUUAAAUCUAAUACAACAUAUGUUUUUACAUUAACAGCAUACAAUGAAGCAGAUGGCGAAGAUUCUGAAAAAGUUUUUUUCACCGCUACUACUGAAAUUGAAAAAAGUUCAGAUGAACAAUUAAUCAAUUUGCUAACACCAACAAAUAUUCAAGCAAAAUCUAUUUCAUCAACUGAAAUUGCAAUACAGUGGAUCGAUCCAAAUAUUGAUAUUUAUUUAAAUCAUCAAUCUGAAGCAAUUAAAUCAUUAUUUCGAAAACGAAAAUAUAUAAUACAAUACGGUAAAUAUCAAUCGUUAAAUUUGAAAAAAGUAACAUCAACAAUACCAUAUGUGGUACUUAAUAAUUUACAACCAGCAACAGAUUAUGAAUUUACUGUGAAAGUAAUUAUGUCAAAUGGCAUUGAAUCAGCAUGGAGUGUUAAGGAAGUAAUUCGAACACCAUCAAAUGGAUCAGAGUUAUUGGAACUUCGAUUCGAUUUUGAGCAAUCAGAAAAAUGUUUUUUCUAUUCCGAUCCACUUGCUCCACUUCAGUGGAAAAUGGUUAAAUGGAAAAGUAACGAUGAAUCAAAAAAUCGAUUAGCAAAACGUUUCAUAAGUUUAAAAUCAACAAUAUUUGAUGCGAAUUAUGGUCAAUUAAUAUCAUCACCAAUUAUUCUUAAUGAUUAUAAUUAUUGUCUAAGCUUAUGGAUUUAUGUUAGACAAUUCAGCAAAGGUAUAUUCACUGUUGGAUUAUUACAUAAAACAGAAAAUUAUGCUACCGGAAAUAUCUUACUGAUAGGAAAGUUAGAAGAAAUACCAAAAGAACAAUGGCGCUAUUUACUUAUGGAUUUUAUUAAUUCACGUGAUCUAUUUAAGAUAUCAUUAAAAGUUGAAAAAGAAGAGGAUGAUUAUUUCUGGUUAGCUUUAGAUGAUAUUGUCUUACAUUCUGGUAUGUGUAACAGUGAAUCGGAUGAUUUCUUACAGGAUGAUAAACAAUUUGAAUGUUAG